CCCGCCUUCACUAUGAAUCCGGCGCUGGGCGGGGGCCGGGGGGGAUCGCGACCGGGGAUCGCGAUCGCGACCGGGGAUCGCGACAGCCCCUCCCCCCCCCUGCUGCCAUGUCAGCCGAAAAUACGGCGCCGGCGGAGGCCGAGCGGGAGGCGCAGAGCGUGGUGAGUCGGGUGGCCAACCUGGCCCUGGUGAGCUCUGCCCGCGGCGCCGUGUCCACCGCCUACGCCUCCACCAAGGAGAGCCACCCCUACAUCCGCUCGGUGUGCGACGUGGCCGAAAAGGGGGUGAAGACCCUGACGGCGGCGGCGGUCAGCGGGGCCCAGCCCCUCCUCACCAAGCUGGAGCCGCAGAUUUCCACUGCCAACGAGUAUGCCUGCAAGGGGCUGGACAAGCUGGAGGAGAAGCUGCCCAUCCUGCAGCAGCCCACGGAGAUGGUGGUCGCAGGGACCAGGGAGCUGGUGUCGUCCACCGUGACGGGCGCGAGGGAGGCCGUGAGCGGGGCAGUGGGCCUGGCCCGCGGGGCCGUGCAGGGCAGCGUGGAGAGGACCCGGCGGGCGCUGAGCACCGGCAUCAGCACCGUGGCGGGCUCCCGCGUGGGGCAGCUGCUGGCGACGGGGGCGGGCACGGUGCUGGAGAAGUCAGAGGAGCUGGUGGAGCACUACCUGCCCAGGACGGACGAGGAGCCGGGGUGGCUCUCACCCGCUCGCCCCGCAGCGGCCCCGGUGGCGGACGGCACCGCGGCGGCCUCGCUGGAGCAGCAGAGGCGGCGGCAGAGCUGCUUCGUGCGCGUGGGCUCGCUCUCGGCCAAGCUGCGGCACCGAGCCCUGCGUCGCUCGCUGGGCGAGCUGCAACGGGCCCGGCACAGCGCGCAGCACGCCCUGGCCCAGCUCCAGCGUGUCAUCGAGCUGAUUGAGCAGGGCAUGGACGGGUCCCUGCGCGGCGCCCGGCAGCACCUGCACCGCAUGUGGCUCGAGUGGAGCCGGCAGGACGGCGUGCCCAUGGAGGACAGCCAGGUGGAGGCGCGGACGCUGGCCAUGCUGCGGGGGCUGCUGCAGCAACUGCAGGCCGCCUGCGCCCGCCUCGCCGCCAGCGCCCGGGGGCUGCCGGGCAGCGUGCAGGACACGGCCGGGCACGUGCGGCACGGCGUGGAGGGCGUGCACGCCUCCCUGGCGCGCGCCCGCUCCUUCCACGACCUGUCGGACAUGGUGCUGGCGCAGAGCCGCGAGACGGUGACGCGGGCGCAGCUGAGCAUCGACGAGUUCAUCGAGUACGUGGGGCAGCACGCGCCCCUGCCCUGGCUCGUGGGGCCGUUCGCCCCAGCCCUCGUCGAGUACCCGGAGGACAGCCCCGUGGAGAUGGCCAAGUGGAACGGCUGCGUGACCGUGGGUGGGGGGCACCGGGCGCCCCCUGCCCCGCAGUCGUGCAGCGGGCGCUGAGCUUCCCGACGCCCCCCCAGCGGGGAAGGUGCCCGCCUCACAGCUGCAAAUCUACCCCUGCUGGGGGGGGCAAGUGCCAGGAUGGACUCGGUGGCCCGGCGUGGGACCCCUGAUGCCACUUGGGACUCUGGGGGGGAGGCAGGGGAGGGUGGCACGCGGAGGAUGGAGCGUGUGCCCGGCCCUGCCCGGCCAGCAUGGGGACAGCAGCUCCCUACGAUGUCCCCGAGCCUGGCAGCAUCGGGAUUUAACAGCCUCAGGGCCC